AUGAGUGCGACACUAUACCCGCGAAUCGCGACGCUCAGAGAUGCUGUCAAGUCACACUUUGUGCCUGAGAGAGGAGACAAAAAGUUCCUGCCCGAUCACUUGAUAGGGCAGUUAGUCACUCGAGAUGCGGUCAAGUCGGCUUUGGAAGAUGCGGAUUUGGAAGAGACCGCAGUCGAGGACCUGGUGGAGUAUGUUCUCAAUCAUGCCCGACGGCUGUUCCUGAUCCUAGUCUUGAUGACUACCAGAAGGGAUGAAAAGGUCUCCCUGCUUCAGCACUUGAAGCAGAAUGGGAUCAAGGACAAGUACUUGCCACUUCGAAUAGACUUCGACAAGGACGAAGGACACUGGUAUGGAGUUUCGAUGGAAAAGACAGAGCCAGAGACAGAGCCAGAGACAGAGCCAAGCCGAAGAAAAUUCUUGGCCAAGGAACUCUGGGAAGACAACGACGGCCAUUGCUUCAAUCCUUACCAAUGGAAUCUUACCGCUCCGGUGUUCGGACCCAAGUUCCGUUAUGAGUUUCACCCGGACCGGACACUCCCAUAUCUACUUGUCCCAGAGAAGCCGGCCAGCAGCGGUUUCUUUGGUGAGGUCUCAAGGUUUGAGAUUCACCCGGAACACAUUCCAUCUUUGAAAGCAGAUUCUGACAGCUUGAGUCCCAUACAUGGUGGGAGAGGGAUAGCAGUUGCCAUCAAAAAAGCCAAGCAUGAUGAUGAACUAGCUGACUUCUUCGACAAGGAGGCGGAUACGCUGAAAGUCACACGGGAGUUCAGAACCUCGCAACAUCUCGUUCAGACAGUCGCUGCCUUCCGGCAGGGUAAUGACCGAUGUAUCAUCUUCCCUUGGGCCGACGGCGGGAACCUAUUCAAUUACUGGGUGACUAGCGAGAGGGAUCGCUGCGACAAGGAGUGCAUGCAAUGGAUCAUUGGCCAAUUUACCGGCCUUUGCGGUGUCGUGAGAUUGCUGCACUCGAAGAACGGCCGACACGGAGACUUGAAGCCCGAAAACAUUCUCUGGCUUAAGGAUAAGGCCCUCCUUCAGAUUGCUGACCUAGGUCUUACGACGUUCCACGAGGAAGAUGCGAACACAAAGAAACGAAAUUGGAAAGGCAUGGGGACCGUGACCCCGUCAGGAACCCAACGAUACGAACCACCAGAGAUGGAUGGGGACCGAGGCAUGGGAACAUCCCGCUCGAGGCAGUACGAUAUCUGGUCCAUGGGAUGCAUCAUACUCGAGUUGCUUGUCUGGCUUAUGUAUGGCAUUGAUGGUGUGAACACGUUCAGAGAUCAUACCUUCCAUUUCUGGAUUUGGACGCAGACAGGGGAUGGAGGAAGAAAGUACUACCUCAACCCUUACGUGGAAUCCUGCAUGGAUAUCAUGAAUAAUCACCUGCAAGAAGAGUCGGCGCAUAAGGAUCUUCUGAACCUCGUGCGUAACCGGCUCCUUGUUGUCCCCGUGCACGAGGAACAUGUGAGCUCGCCCGACCAUCGAGAGAUUGCCGAACAGCUUCACGCGGACAUGGAAGAAAUCCUGGAGAGUUGCAAAUCUGACAGCCCCUAUCUUCAAGUUGUUGAUCGCAGCUUUCCUUCCUCCGAAAUCGAGAAAAGCCAGCGUCAACCUGUCUACGAAAGUGGUGGGAAUCUAGCAGUGCCAGGCCCAGCGGGCCCAGGCUACACGCUCCAAGCCUCGCCGGACCCAUCUACGAUGCCUACCUCAGAUGGUGAUGAUGUGCCUCGGGUUUUGGUGCGCGCUCCCACUGCCAUCUCAGACAAUCAGGAAGUAGCUUGUAAGUCAUUCGCUUUCAGAACUGCUGAUGAUAGCUCCGCUUAUGACGAUCUCCUCCAGCAAUCAAGGAAGCUCAAUGAUGUUUGGGAGUCAGUCUCGGAUAACGAUUUUGCCGCCCAGUUGUUUGAUUUGAUUGGAUGGGACCAGGUUCAAACCGGGAAUUCCAAGAUAGGUGCUGUCUUAUGCCACAAGUGCAGAACAAUCGAUUCAACACGUUUGUUCGGACUGCUUCAGGAGGCAUUGGGCAUACGUGGAUAUAAGUCACCAAAGGUCGUUUCAUUGCGAGAGGAUGGACGGACGGUGGGAAUACAAGACGGUCCCGACCUUCUCUCAAUAUAUGUUGAUCCAGGUCCAGACGUGCCCCAAGAGGCACAGCUUGGGUUGCCUAAGCUCUUCGAACCGGGGAGUCCGAAGCAAUUCACACUACUUAAGCAAUGGAUCCAAGUCUGCGACUCGACUCAUCCUAAUUGCCGCCGCCACUCCGACAAGGAAGACGAUGAAAAAUCCAUCAAGCCCAUGCCAACGCGUCUCAUUCAGCUCAAGGAGUCACUGCGUCUGGUGGACUCGGCCUCGAUUAGCCCCUCCCGGUACGUGGCCCUCAGCCACUGCUGGGGCAAAACCAGUGACUUGGAGAGUUCUUGCACUUACCAGCAUAACAUCGCGGAGCGCAAGAAGUCCAUAGACUUCCACCGCCUCCCGCGAACUUUCCAGGAUGCCGUCGUCGUGGCGCGCGGGAUCGACGUCCAUUACCUCUGGAUUGACUCCCUGUGCAUCAUCCAGGACGACAUGAAUGACUGGGAGUACGAGUCGAGAAGGAUGGAGCAAGUGUUUAGUGCCGCUUAUUGCACUCUCGCCGCCAGCUCGGCCAAGUCGUCUGUUGAAGGCUUUCUCAAAUACCGGCAGCCCAGAUCUUGCGUACAGCUAGAGACGAAGAGUCUAGGGAGACUGUAUGUUUGCCAAAACAUAGACGACUUUCAUCGCGACGUCGAGCUUGGAGGGCUGAACACUCGCGGAUGGGUUUUACAAGAAAGGGUGCUAUCAAGACGUUCCAUCUUCUUCACGUCGACCCAAGUGUACUGGGAGUGCGGUGCAGGCGUGCACUGCGAAACGCUUGCGCGGCUCAAGAAUUCUAAAGCUGCCUUCCUUGGCGAUGCCAACUUUCCUGAAUCAGCGUUGGAAUAUUACCGCGACGGGCGACAGAUGCUCGUGCAGGACCUGUUUGAGAGAUACUCUUCAUUGGCCUUCACGAAGAACUGGGACCGUCCCGUCGCCAUCAUCGGCCUCCAAGAGCGGCUGGCCAAGGCGUUCCGAACGCAGGCUGCCUACGGCUUCUUUGCUCCUUAUUUUGGACGUCUCCUACUCUGGAAGCGCCUCGGCAGCCGACACAUGACGCGAAUCAUCCAGCAGCGUGGGAUCGGCGUUCCUGCGCCCACCUGGUCGUUCUUUUCGAAGGAGGGAGCCAUCAAAUACCUGGAACUCAAAUUCCAGGAGGUCGACUGGGCGACGAAUGAUUUUGAUAACCCGUUUUACCAGCGCUGUACAGGAGUGAUAGUACUGAGUGGACUGGCAAGGGGGUUGAAAAUAGCGAAAUUUCAGAUGCUGGUGUCCAUCUCUUUCGACGAGCACCAGGAAUUCGAGGUCGAAGACCUAAAGUGCGUAGUCAUCGGGCGAGACAAGAUCAACAGUGGCACGGAGAAUGGGAAGUAUCAUGUUCUGGUUAUACACCAGGUCAACAGUGCCGUGGGAGCGGAUAUUUAUGAGAGAGUAGGUGUGGCAUCCUUGAAGCCGGAACACGUGGAAGGCACAGGCCAGCGAGUAACCAUUGGGUGA